CCCCGCGACCCAGGCGGCGCUUCUUAGUGCGCCUGUGCGUGCUCGGUCUCACCCGGAACAGCGCCCCUGGCAGCCGGGAGAGGCGGCGGCCGGCGCCCGGGCCCGUGGGCGGGGCUUGUGGGCGAGGCUCAUGAGCUCGGUUAGGGUUAGGGUUAGAGUUAGGGUUAGGGUUAGGGUUAGACGCGGCUCAAGACCCGGCUCGGGCAGUUCCCAGUGUUGCGCUCUGAGCAAAUGGCUUGAAGAACUCGGGUUCUUCGCUAUGAGGAUAAGACCAGUUCCUACCUCAAGGGACUGUUCGCAGUUGAAGGGGAAUAACCGUGCAAAGGGAUGAGCUCCAGCCACAGUGGAAGUCAGGUGGGACUUGUGGAAGCAGAGCCAGAGGACAGCUCGGACUUUGUACACAGGACGUGGCAUCAGGGCCCUGCCGGGAGGUGCUGGGUCAAGGCCUCCCCCAGUCCUGUCACUGUUGCUGCCGUCGCCAUGCUGGCCGCCAGGACUGCAACCCUCUUGACUCUGCUCCUGGCCACCAGCUCCCUGGGCCAGAGGGCUCAGAGACCCCCUAGGCCCCCUUCCUCCAUCAGCACCAUUCAGCCCAAGGCCAACUUCAAUGCUCAGCAGUUUGCAGGGACGUGGCUCCUUGUGGCCGUGGCCUCCUCGUGUCGUUUUCUGCAGGAGCAGGGCCACCGGGCUGAGGCCACCACACUGCACGUGGCUCCUCAGGGUGCAGCCAUGGCCGUCAGCACCUUCCGAAAGCUGGAUGGGAUUUGCUGGCAGGUGCGUCAGCUCUACGGAGACACGGGGCUCCCAGGUCGCUUUCUGCUCCAAGCCCGAGGGGCCCGAGGGGCAGUGGACGUGGUCGUCGGGGAGACGGACUACGGGUCCUUCGCCAUCCUGUACCUGGAACGGGCGCGGCAGCUGUCGGUGAAGCUGUACGCCCGCUCGCUCCCCGUAAGGGAUUCGGUCCUGAGUGUGUUUGAGCAGCGGGUCCAGGGAACCAACCUGACCGAGGACCACAUCCUGUUCUUCCCCAAGUACGGUUUCUGUGAGGCUGCUGACCAGUUCCACAUCCUGGACGGCAGCACCCACAGGACUGUGGACAGGUCCCUGCUGAGCCCUUUCACAGCAACGUUCGAGCUGCGUGAAGACAGCCGCCUUGAAGUGUCGUAUGCCAUGAUCCGGGGCCGUCGCUGUGUGACCUGGUCUUAUGUACUGAUUUCGGAGACCCAGCCUGGGAAGUUCUCGGUGGACAACAGCGGAGUGCCCGGGGGAGACCCAGAGGAGGUCCAGGUGUACGACACUGACUACACCACGUUUGCCCUCGUGCUCUCCAGGAGACAGUCCAGUGACCAGGGGAUCCUCAGGAUCUACCUGCUGUGCAGGAUGUGGGCCAUACAGACUGAGGUGCUGGACAAAUUCGUCUGCCUGGUCAGAGCGCAGGGCCUCUCGGAUAACAACAUCGUCUUCCCAGACUUGACAGACGCACACACACAGACGUGCAGAGCCUACACACGAGCAUAUGCCAUGCACACAUGCGUGUGCACAGGGAGAGAGGCACUCCAGCGCACACAGGCUCCCAAGCAUGCGCACCGCACACCCAUGGUGCCCAGGGCUGCAGUGAGUCUGGGGACCCGAGGUGGUGGUGGGGCGCUUCCUGAGGAGCCCAGGCUGGGGGCAGGACAGCGCCCUGGGGUGCAUGUCCCUCAGCCCCACCCUUCCCCUUCCCCUGACGGGACUGCAGGCUCCCUUCCUCCCUCCCUCCUGCCCCUCCUCCUCUUCCUCUGUGUGUGUGUGUGUGUGUGUGUGUGUGUGUCUCAGUCUCCCUUCUGGCUCCGCCCCCUCUCUCCCUCCAACCCCACCCCUCCGUCCUGAGGCUCUGUCUC